UCUAAAUAAAACAACAAUAAACCCGUUAAAAAAUAAUAAACAUAUUCGGCGUUACUCAAACACAAUUUAACAAAUAUUAAAACAUUAGAACACUUCACAUAAACCAUCAAAUCUAAAUCUACCUCAAUAAUUAUCCAAAGAUGAGCCAAAAUAGGAACCUUUUCGACCAAGAUCGCAGCAAAACUAGAAGAAGAGGACGUCAAAUAAUAAAUAACGAGAAUAAUCCCAACCCCAAUAAAACACCUUCACCUGAAUCAUCCGUUAUAAUUCUUAGCGACCCCGAGGACAAUGGAACUAACAACCACUUCACACCCCCACGACGACGACAUCACGUUCAUCAUGAACGUUGUCCCAGCAGUAGUAGUGAAAGUAGCAGUGGAGUUAGUUUCAUACCGCAAAGUCAAGCGUCGUCCAAGCCCAUUUCUAAGCUGUCCAUUAUGUCCCCAAUUGUCAACGUCAAGAAAGAAAAAUUCUUCACAGGAUCAGGAAGGGUAUUGAGAGAGAGGAAAGUUUCCGAUGAUGAUGAUCUGGAUGAAGAUGAAGACGCCCCCCUUGACGAAGACGACAUCGAUGAUGGCUUGUUUAUCUUACGCGAAGACAAUGAGGAUAUUGGGACUCCACCAGCUUUAGACGACGAAGAAUUGGAAAGUGACGUGGGAUGGAAAUUUGACGACGAGUCAGAACAAGAUGACCCAAAAGGCCUUGAAGGUGCUGCGUUUCAAAGUCGGUUUCCAUUUGACCGGCUAUCGACGGCGGAAGCUAUGGCUUUCUACGAUAUUGCCCAAGCUCCAAUCCAGACUCAAAAGAUGUAUUUACACCUCCGAAAUAGAACGCUGCAAUGUUGGCUACAAAAUCCUAGGAAGGAAUUAACUUUUAGAACUUUGUGGGACGGACUUGAAUCUCCAUAUAACUCGGAUCAGUUACUUGCUGCCCGGGUGUAUAUAUUUUUGAACCGACACGGAUACAUCAAUUUUGGAAUUUUUGAAACAGUAUCUCCUCCUGUAAAACCUACAGGCAGAAAAGUGGUUGUAAUCGGAGCAGGAGUGUCUGGGCUGGCGGCUGCAAGACAACUGAAACGCUUUGGUCUGGAUGUCACAGUUGUAGAAUCUCGAGAUCGUGUUGGAGGUCGUGUCGUUACCUUCAGGAAAGCUCAAUAUAUAGCAGACUUGGGGGCCAUGGUAGUAACGGGGCUUGGAGGAAACCCAUUAUCAAUCCUAUCGAAACAAAUAAAAAUGGAUCUCCAUAAAAUUAAGCAAAAGUGUCCCUUGUAUGAAGCGGAUGGUGAAACAGUUCCCAAAGAAAAAGAUGAAAAAAUCGAAAUGGAGUUUAACCGCCUUCUCGAAGCAUCAAGCUAUAUAUCCCACCACCUGGACUUCAAUUAUGUUAAUGGGAAAGCAGUGUCUCUGGGUCAAGCGUUAGAAUGGGUUAUCAAGUUACAAGAAAAGCGUGUGAAGGAACAGCAAUUGACUUAUUAUAGUAAAGUUCAAAACUUACUGGAUACUCAAAAAGAACUAGUGACAAAGAUGCUUCUACAAAAACGAGCUAUUGAAAAUCUGAAAAACUCCCUUAGUGAAAUUAAAUCCAAAGUAGGCAAUAGGAGACGCGACGCAACCCAAGAAUUUGCUCAGCUAGCAACUGACAAUGAUCUCAAAGAGCUAGUCGAGAAAUACGACGUAUUUGAGAACGACCUGAAAGACACUGAAGACAAACUUCUCGUAUUAGAGUCAGAUCCACCACCCGAUGUUUAUCUCUCACCAAGAGAUCGUCAAAUUUUGGAUUGGCAUUUUGCGAAUCUGGAGUUUGCUAACGCUGCGCCUCUGUCUAAUUUGUCCUUGAAAAACUGGGACCAGGAUGACGAUUUCGAGUUCACUGGAAAACAUCUCACAAUUCGAAACGGAUAUUCCAGUGUUCCUGUUGCUCUAUCCGACGGUAUUGAAAUAAAGUUUAACAGAGCUGUCCGCGAAAUUAUAACCAACGGUCCCCGAGGAGUUCAAAUUGUUACAACAGAGGCUAGUGGGGAAUCACUGGAUAAGACAAUUUACAAUGCGGACACUGUUCUUUGUACAUUACCACUUGGGGUACUGCGCCAUUCAAUUGACUUCUUCAAUGGAGUUGUUGUUCCAUCGAGCCAAAUAAAUUUCAAACAGAUUUGCGCACAUAAUGUAGUACAAUUUACACCUCCGCUACCUGGUUGGAAGACUGAGGCCGUCAAUCGAUUAGGAUUCGGAAAUUUAAACAAGGUUGUCCUGUGCUUCGAUAGUAUCUUCUGGGACCCGAGUUGUAACUUAUUUGGGCACGUUGGGUCAACGACGGCUUCUCGAGGUGAAUUAUUCUUGUUUUGGAAUUUGUACCGAGCUCCUGUACUACUAGCAUUAGUGGCUGGCGACGCUGCUGCUGUCAUGGAAGAAGUUUCAGAUGAUGUUGUAGUUGGACGUUGUCUUGCGGUCCUGAAAGCUAUUUUUGGGGGAAUCGUGCCACAGCCCAGAGAAUUCAUAGUUACUCGAUGGAAGAAUGAUCCGUGGUCAAAAGGGUCCUAUUCAUUUGUGGCAGUAGGAGCAAGUGGUAACGAUUACGACUUGCUUGCUGCCCCCGUGUCCCCUGCAAACUCAAAAUCUCCUGGGGAAGCUGUUAUCAAUGAUGCUCUUAAACCUAAAGAUGAACCUCAUCGACUUUAUUUUGCAGGGGAGCACACCAUUCGCAACUACCCGGCUACUGUACACGGAGCGUUAUUAAGUGGUCUGCGAGAAGCUGGACGAAUAGCUGAUGAAGUACUCGGACGUCCAUACGAUCCGGAUAAUGCUUCGAAGCUAUUACCUUCUUUAAUGAAAACGCCUUCUACAUAUUCAUAUCCUAGUCACGUCCCUCCUUGCGACUCACAAGCACCUCAAUUCUCAAGUUCAUAAUAUACUUUGGUUUUGGUAUCUGUGUUGUUAUAAAUAGUUUUAAUUGUGAUAAUUAAGUAACUAAAUGUUUUGUAAUGUGUUAAAAUUUAUGUUGAUUAGGUUAAUCAAUAAGAUUGUUUAAUAUGUGAUAGCAAUAUUGUAAUGUAUUGUGCCUUCAGAGUUUAAGGUCAGAAGUUGUGAACGCCAGAUUUUGAUGCCCUUUGGACAUGUUGCUGGGCUCUGACGAUGGGGGUGAGGUCCCCCAGGGUAUGCUCUCAGAUUUUUGUUAAACUAGUGUCAAUUGAUGAAAUUUGCAAAUGGCAUUACCUGCCAAUGCUCAGGUUUGGCAGAGAUAUUCGCAUACGAAGAGGAGAAAAAACUGUUUCAAAAUGCGCUUUGGAAUCCAAAGAUAGGAAGAUCAGGGUUGACAAGCUGAGAUCAUUUUCUCUCUAUAGAAGAGAGCUCCUUUAAAUUGACAAACUAAGGCAUUCUUUGAUUUUAAUCUAUUGCAAGUCAAUAGAAUUUGACGAAUAAUGUAUUAAAUAUAAUACAAUUGACUGAAUAUACUGUUUUUAUUUCAUUUUAUUUA